UUUUAAAAUGAUCAACUUGGAUAAGCUAACACAACGUGCCAUUGGAACACAGGAGUGAUGGUUGCUGAUAAUGGAAAUCUGUACGCCGAUGUAGAAGUAGGCACUCCCGGUUCCAUUGGCAGCGACCCAGGACUGACAUCACCACAGAGUUUAGGAACAGACAGAUAUAGGGAAUGUAAUGACACAAGUAAUUGAGUCCAUGUGAGUCCAAUGAUUGCUGAUGUGUGUGAUGGGGGGAAGGCAGGUGUGCGUACUGAUGGUGUCUUGAGUGCGUAAUGCCCCUCGAGCGCCAGGGGAGGAAGAGCAGGAGCAGGUGUGACUGCAACGACGAGUCAGCCUAUAGGGAGGAGGUAAGUGAACUGGCAUUUGUGGUGCCAGGACAACAACCUCCACCUCAACGUCAGCAAAACAAAGGAGUUGAUUGUUGACUUCAGGAAGCAUCGGAGGGAUCAGUGCAGUAAAGAAAGACGUUUUGAGAAUUUUAAUACCCCUUUGAAGUAUCACAUUUUUUAAAAUCUAUAAUUUGAUGAAAAACAUGUUUUGUCCUUACUGCUAUUAGCCCAUACAAACACAUAGAAUAACAGAUUCAAUACAUGGAACAACAGAUAGUCAGUCCCAAAAUAAAAUCAGUUUGUUCUGAAGUGUCUCCUAUAUCUGAGACAAGAAAUAUUAGUUUUUUUUUUACAUGUACUUAAACACAUGCCCCCCAAUCCCCUCUUACAUGUGUUAAUAUUGUACUUUAAAGUGUGCCUUCCUGUAUUUUAUGUUCAAAUGUUUAUUCUAUUCUACUGAGCCAUUUACUUUAUGUUCAUAUUCAUAUCUUUUAUUAUUUCUUGUUGUUGUUGCAUUGUCAAAAAGGAACCUGCAAGUAAAUAUUUCAUUGUACCACUGUAUACCAUGUCUAUCUUGCACAUACGACUAAUACAACUUGAAACUGAAAUUGAAACCAUUGUGUGGGUGAAGUAAUUGAUGAGGAGCAGAGAGGAAAGUAUUUUGCUGCCGGGUCAAACUAAUUGUGGUACUCCUAGGUACCUCAGUCAAAAAAAGUGAUACUGAGUAACCUACAAUAAUAUUCUCCCCCAUUCACUGUAAGGUACCCCAUUCUUUUACUCGUGUCUUGAUAGAAUGAAAACACACUUUUUUGAAUUCCACUGAGGCUGUGCUGACUUACAGUACAGUGAAGGAGGUGUAGACAGCGAGUACCCCAUGCCCUUUUACUCUUCUCUCGGGAGACUGAAAACAUACUCUCUGGAUUCCACUGAGUGAAGCUGUGCCGACUUACAGUACAGAGGGAGGGAGGUGUAGACAGAGUCAGUCCACAGAGAGUGUGCUCCAUGUCAUCCAGAUAAGAGAGAAGGACCAUCUGUUGCCUGCAGAGCCUUUUAGAUGACUGUACAUCACGGUGGUUUAUGUAAAGAGCUGAGGUGUGCUUCACAAGGCAACAGCACGCAGAGCCUGUGUACUCUUACUAAUAUCAAUAUUAGCCCUUCCAUUCUCUUCCUCCCCAGUCCAUUAGCGAGUUAUUAAUUUUAUUUUGAACCAGAGGGUAGCAGUUUACUUUACUUUGAAAUGAGAGAAGUCGUGGUACACAUGUUCAGUAGCAUUGACAUAAUUAAAAGCUUUUUUGAUGUUUUAUAAUAUAAAAUUGUGCUCCAACAUUGACACACACAAUCUCUCUUCAGACAGAUCUCGAAAUGGUCUCAAACUGGUCGGUGGACCCUUUAAUGGAGUGUAACCACACAGCAGCCUGGAAUUGGGUGUACUCCAUCCAGCCAGUUUACAUGUCUGUCAUCUGCCUGCUGGGAAUGGUGGGCAACACCUUUGUGCUGUGUGUGUUCUGCUUCCAGAAGAGACACAGCACAGUGGCAGACAUCUACCUGGGGAACCUGGCUGCUGCAGACCUCCUCAUGGUGUCCUGCCUGCCCUUCUGGGUGGUGGCGGUCAUACAGGAGUUCCACUGGCCAUUUGGUGAGCUUAUGUGUCAGCUGGUGAACAUUGUCAUUGGGAUGAACUACUACUGCAGUGUCCUGUUCCUUACGCUGGUGAGUGUGGACAGGUACCUGGUGCUGGCACGUCCCCUGUCGUCCCAGGGCAGGGGAAGAAAACCAGCCUGGGCCAGCGGGAUCUGUCUGGUUGUCUGGGUGGUGGGCGCUCUUCUCAGCCUCCCAGCCCUGCUCUUCCGAUCCGUCCAGUUCUUCCCCCAACUGGGGGUGGAGGCGUGCUACAUGGCAUACCCCCACGACGGCUGGAGGCUGCGCUACAACCUGACCGUCAACAUAGUGGGCUUUCUGGUUCCUAUACCCGUUGUGUCCUUCUGCAGCUACCACAUCAUCAAUGUCCUACGGGACAACCAGGCGAGCAGGAUGAGGAGCACGACGGCGGCAGGCACGGAGAGGAAGGCUGCCCACCUGGUGCUUAUCGUCCUGGCCAUAUUCAUCCUCUGCUGGCUGCCCUACCAGGUCGUCAUCUUCCUGGAUACCCUGUAUCACUAUGAGGUCAUCUCUGGCUGCGGCUGGGUGGAUGUAUUAGAAAUCAGCACUCAACUGGCUACCUACCUGGGCUACAGCAACAGCUCACUGAACCCUUUUCUGUAUGUGAUUGUGGGGAAGCACUUUAAGCAGAGGGCAAGAGGGGUAUGUAGACAGAUGAUGUGCUGUGGAAAGGGAAGGAAGUCCUAUCAUAUUGUCAAUCUCAACUCCACCAUUAAGUACACAGACUCCACUAAGGUAUGAUUUAUAAACCCCAAAUAACCAUGUCAUUUUAAGGCACAUAUUUCUGCACUAGCAUCACUGUUUUGUGUAACAGCAACUUGUGAAUGUGUUUUGUGUUUACAUUGUAUUUAGCUUUUGUGUGUUUUCUUUAAAUCAAAUCAAACUUUAUUUGUCACAUGCGCC